ACAGCACCUCCAUCCGUCAACAACUCUGUCUGAUCACAACGACUAAACGGCUUACACGCCUGCACCUCGUCGCAAAUCGCGAAUGCUGUGCGCCACAUGGCAGGCGCCGCUUCACAGCAGUAGAUACCCUAUGAGAAGGAUGAUACGACCGACUGCUGUCGAGUCCGAGCGAAGAUGGGCACGGGAGAGCCUGACCCAUCAGCUGCCGCGGCCGCCUCUACCCAAGCCGAUGAACGACCUCCUCCUUUGCCCCCGAGACCCUCCUCGACCUCCAGCGCUGAAAGAGCCCCUCAUCUGCAAUCGAAACCGACGACUGCGCUUUCUUCCAUGAGCAUACAGACACUUUCCUUUCCCGACGGCUCUCGCGGCACCUUUUCCACUACCAGCGCUGAUCGCGUUGCCGACAUCGAGCCGUCCUCCUCUACACCGCCCAGCCUGGGCUUCAACCCCACCGGGAAUGAUUUCGACGAGUCCAUGAGCGUCAUGAGCUUCGCACCCACUCUGCGGCCGCCCGGAGACCUGGAGAGCCUGCUUGUCGGGGACAUGGGUAAGAGAAGCGCUGCUUGGGCGCUCUUGCGCUCACAGUCGGCCCAAGUGCUGCCGUUCGAGACCAUCAGGGCCGAUGAGGCUUCGGCUCUGGCUGAUUUCGCGGCCGAGUUCGAGGAUAUACCGGACGAGUCGGAGAAGAACUGGAGCGACGAGGAUAGAGUAAGACUUUGGAAGUCCAAGCUGAAGCAUUUCAUGAUUCUCUCCUCCGCGGGCAAGCCCAUCUACAGUCGACAUGGAGACCUGGGCUUGAUCAAUUCUUCCAUGGGCGUCGUGCAGACCAUCAUAUCAUUCUACGAGGGCGCCAAGAACCCCCUGUUCGGCUUCACUGCUGGGAACACACGCUUCGUCAUCGUAACGGAGGGCCCGCUCUAUUUUGUGGCCAUCAGUCGGCUUGGGGAGAGUGAUGCCCAACUGAGGGCUCAACUUGACGCGCUCUAUAUGCAAAUCCUCUCCACCUUAACGCUCCCAACUUUGACCAGCAUCUUCGCGAAUCGGCCGUCCACCGAUCUCCGCAAACCCCUGCAAGGGACGGAGACGCUUCUUUCGUCUCUAGCCGAUAGCUUUACGAGAGGGUCUCCGUCCGCGCUUCUAGGAGCGCUGGAGUGCCUUAAAAUCAGGAAGUCUCAUCGGCAUGCCAUCACGAAUGCGUUCUUGAGGACCAGGUGUGAAAAGUUACUCUACGGCCUCAUAGUGGCUGGUGGGAAGCUCGUCAGCGUGAUUAGGCCGCGUCGCCAUUCCCUCCACCCCAGCGACCUACAGCUUAUUUUCAACAUGCUUUUCGAAUCCGGAGGCAUCAAGGCCGGCGGUGGCGAGAACUGGGUCCCCCUGUGCUUGCCGGCCUUCAAUAAUAGAGGUUAUCUGUACAUGUAUGUCAGCUUCUUGGACGGGCAGCCGGAUGAGGUCGUGCCGGAGAGGGGCCCGAGCACCGGCGGCGAAGAGAUCGCCAUAAUUUUGAUAAGUCCGGAUAAGGAGAGCUUCUUCGACCUACAACAAAUGCGGGACCACGUCGUAGCCGAGCUGAAGAAGAAGGGACAUCUAGACCUCAUCAAGUCAGCCGCGCAACACGGACGCGCAACCAUGAGCGAGAUCGCACCCCGGUCUCACGUCAGCCAUUUUCUGUUCAAGUCCAGAGCGAAUGUCCAGUUUUGCAUGCCAUCUUGGGAACCGACGUUCAGCAGUCUCGUGGCGCGUCGGAGGCUCAUGUCGCUCUACCACCAUCUACACGCGACUAUCCACGCGAAGCAUAGCCACGUGAAGGUCCUUCACUGCGUUGGUGAGGACACAACCUCGCUCGCGUGGAUCACACCCAUCUUCGAGUUCUACUGUGUCGCCGGGCCCAACGCCUCCCGGGCCUUUAUCACGCAAGGGGCAAACAAGAUCAUUCAGUGGGCCAAACGGGAAGAGGAACGGCUCUUUAUUAUAGGCGGAGGCGUGUUUUGAGCGAUGACAUGCCUCUACCAAAUUACACAGCAUAAUCAUAACCCAAUUUUCAAGUCUACGCAUCUCACCCAAGCCGAAGAAACCUGAUGUUUCCCAGCCCUCCUGCAAGCAAAUCACAUACGGGCAUCUGCAUUGGUGUAUGUCAA